AUGGCUGGCAACAAGAAGAGCGACAACAGCAAGAAGGCUCAGGGCAACGCUCGCAAGGCAGAGUCCGCCGCCCAGAAGCAGGCCGCCGAAGACGCCCGUCAAGAAGCCAAUGAAGCCGAUAAGUGGAACAAGGGAGCCAAGAGCAACGCCAAGAAGGAAGCUGCUGCUGCAAAGGCUGCUGAAGCUGAGAAGAAGAAGGCUGAGAAGGCUGCUCUCGAGGCCGAGGAGGAUGCCAACAAUCCCUCAAAGGGCCCCAAGAAGUCAAAAGCUCCUGUCAAGAAAGCGCGUGGCCUUGACCUUUCCCAACUCGACGACGACAAGCCUUCAGCCAUCAACGCCUCUGGUAUCGAUAACGCCCUCGAUGCCCUGUCCCUGACAGGCAACAAGGACGAUGGCAAGGUCGACCGACACCCCGAACGACGAUACCCCGCCGCAUACGCCAAGUACGAGGAGCGACGACUCGACGAGAUGAAGAAGGACGGCAGCGGCAUCGGACUUCGCUUGGACCAGAGAAAGACCAGAAUUAGAAAGGAGUUCGAGAAGCACCCCGACAACCCUUUCAACCAGGUCACGGCCUCAUACAACGCUACAAGAGACGAUGUUGCGACUAUCCGUGAACAGGAGAAGUCUAAGAUCGAGAAGCGCCUUGGACGAUAG